ACCAUGCAUAAGAGUUCUUCCUCUUCCUCAUUCGGGCCGGGCGGGCUGGACUUGAGCCAGACGUUCUUCAAGCCCAUUCCCAACGCGGCCCCGCCGUCCCCCACGAAGCGCCACACCAAGAUCUCCGUGGUGGGCGUGGGGAACGUCGGGAUGGCGAUCGCCCAGACCGUCCUUACUCAGGACCUCGCCGACGAGCUGGCCCUCGUCGACGCCAUGGCGGACAAGGUGCGCGGCGAGAUGCUGGACCUGCAGCACGCCGCCGCGUUCCUCCCGCGCACCAAGAUCCACGCCUCCGUGGACUACGCCGUCACGGCCGGGUCGGACCUCGUGAUCGUCACCGCCGGCGCGCGGCAGAACCCCGGUGAGAGCCGCCUCGGCCUCAUCGAGCGGAACUGCGCGCUGUUCAAGAAGAUUAUUCCUCAAUUGGUGAAGUAUUCCCGGUAUUGUAUCCUCAUGAUCGUGUCUAACCCGGUGGAUAUUCUUACCUACGUGGCAUGGAAGCUGUCGGGGUUCCCGGCGAACCGCGUCAUUGGCUCCGGCACCAACUUGGACUCUUCCCGCUUCCGGUUCCUCAUUGCUGAUCACCUUGAUGUUAAUGCUCAGGAUGUGCAGGCAUAUAUUGUUGGGGAGCAUGGGGACAGUUCAGUGGCACUGUGGUCAAGCAUAAGCAUAGGAGGGGUGCCAGUUCUGAGCUUCCUAGAAAGACAACAAAUUGCGUACGAGAAAGAAGCGUUAGAGAACAUCCACCGAGACGUGGUGCACAGUGCUUACGAGGUUAUAAGUCUCAAAGGCUACACCUCGUGGGCCAUCGGCUACUCCGUGGCAAACCUGGCUCGGUCCUUACUUCGCGACCAGAGACGGGUCCACCCGGUCUCAGUCCUGGCCCGGGGGCUCUACGGGAUUGAUGGCGGUGACGUGUUCCUCAGCCUGCCGGCACAGCUGGGGAGGAGCGGCGUCUUAGGCGUCACCAAUGUGCAUCUAAGCGAAGAAGAAGAGCGUCGGCUUCAGGCGUCGGCGAAGACCAUUCUUGAAGUGCAACGCCAGUUGGGAGUUUAGUUUGCAGAAGAGAAGAGAAGAGAAGAGAAGAUUGAUGUUUUUUUUUUUUAAUAUUGUAUCAUUAUGGUACUUGUUUACAUAUACCUUUGAAUAAAUGGA